AUGUCCGCCCCGCCCCCGGAGACGUAUCUGGCCCCAGGCUUCAACCCGGCAAAGCUCACAGUCCCGCAGCUUCGGCAAGUUCGAUCAGUACUACUCGCUCAUGGACACGGAUAUUCAGCUAGGAUCAAGAAGGAUGAGCUCGUGCGCGAAUUCGAGACACAUAUCGCAAGUCAAGCUUCUGCCUUGCGACGACAAGCAGCCGCUGUCGUACCUUCUGACGCAGGCAUCGUCUCCGUUUCCGAUGCCGGGGAAGAGACCCCUGCUGUCCCCACCAAGCGUCCCCGUCGGUCCUCACGACGGUCGACCGCCGAGCCCGAAUCAACAGAUGUUGAACUACCGGACCAGACCGAGGUAACUCCUGAACCACCUGCGAAAAGAUCACGUUCGAAAGCCAAGAGCGUCCCAGUGGUGGAGAUUGAGGCGACGCCCAGGCGAGGAGGCAAGAAGAACGGGCAGCCGGUAAUCCAGGUGGAGGACGUCGAUGAAGGUGUCGAUGGAAAAAUUGAAGAUGAGCUUCCCAAGGUUGCUCCCACGCCUUCUCGGCGUACGACUCGUGGCCGCUCCUCCAUGACUCCUGUCACACCCGCCACCGAACCUCCCACGUCUGCUCGCACCCCCAAAGUUCCUCGAAGCGCAAGAAAGAGCGAGCCCGCUAUCAAGGUCAUGGAGAAUCUCCACGAAGAAAGCGAAAGGGAUGAUACCCCCAAGAAGAAGACCGCCAGAACACCCAGAAGAUCCGCCGGGGAUGAGCCUGCCUUUUCUGACUUCAACCCCUUCCAAAGUGGUAGCGAGGCGGCUGCAGAGAAAGCAAGACGUAGGAGAAAGUCGUCGAUUGGUUUCGCUACGUCUACCCGGAAGCCUGAUCAACCACGAUACUCCGAGCCAGGUUCAGAUGCCGUCACUCCUCCUGGUAUUCUUCGCCGAAUGGGCCCCAGUAGGGAGAAUUUGCGAACACCGCCUUCCGAGGUCAAACGUAGACUCGCCGAGGGUGAUCUUGAUGAUGCUGUGGCGUAUAAUCAUGAAGUGCAAAACAAGCUCAACCAGAUCUCUCGAAACGCUCAAGAAGAUGCCCAGGUGGUUGUGCAUACUUCUACAGAUGCAGCAACCGACACUGAGAAGUCGUUGGCAACCCGCGUCAACGACCAAAUCACACACAAUGUCCCUGCUCCGCGAGCUACUCUUCCUUUAUCGGUUCUCUUCUUACUCCUCCUCACCUUUAUCACCAACUUCAAAUCUCAAUCCUCCUCUAUCGGCUUUUGCGACACUGCAUACAGCUCAAAUGAGAUUGCGCUUUCCCGACUGUCGUCCCGUACGGCAGCAGAGAAAUGCCUCGAAGAACGUGCGAGGUUGGACGCGACAGAUAGAGAUCAGGCCAAGCAUAUACAAUGCGAUACGUCCAACCUCCCCCUUGUCCCGUUCCUUCCUGUGCCAUUCGCUUGUACACCUUGCCCGGCGCAUGCGCAAUGCUCCAAUGGAGAGAUAGUCGCAUGUGAGCCCGAAUAUUUGCUGUCACCGAGCUACAUUGCUUUCCUUUCCCCUUUGGUCGAUGGUCUUCCGACCGUUGGACCGCGCGCAUUCCCACCAGUGUGCAAGCCCGAUACGAGGUUGAAGCGAUUGAUAGGCAGCAUGGCGAAAGAGCUGGAGAGCUCUCUGGCGCAACACAGGGGUGACGUGAUCUGCGAAGGUACUGGAGGAGGAAGUGAUGGUGAAAGGUUUGGAGAGGAAGAGGAAGCGUUGAGGGAAAAAUAUGCCGGUAUGAGGAGACAGGGAGUCAGCAGGGAGGAGUUUGAUCAGAUUUUCGAGGCUGCGAUCAAAGAUCUGGUCGAACAUGAAGACUUGAUCGUUUCGAUCGAUGUCGAGAACAACGUCACUCGUUAUGCCGCUGCCCGCACCGACCUGACUCUUGUAUGCCGCGGCAAACUCGAAGCUGCCGAUCUUCUUGACAGAUGGAAGAGCCAGCUUGGAUCGACCGCUGCCGUCCUCACUCUCAUCGCCUACAUUCGCUCCGAAGUCAGCCGCCGCAAAGAAGACAAGUAUCGUGCCGCAUCCCUGGCUUCUGUUGCUCUGAGACGCAUCCAGGAUCAAGAGCAACUACACUACACUGAUCCCGCAUCCACUCCGAACCCCUUCAUUCCUCGUGACCAGCUGCGUGACCUUGUAAUGCCGCACAAGGGAGCAACGCUCGGUGGAAGCAAAGCGAGAAUGUGGGAGAAGGUGGUGGAGCUGGUUGAAGGCAAUGCGAAUGUGACUGUUCGGGAGCAAGAGGUGAAGGGCGAGAUCUGGAAAACUUGGGAAUGGUCAGGAGUUGGGGAGAGACCAAUAGCCCAUGUUACUUGGGAAGAGUAA